UAUUGUUCGUAAAGUUCGGAGCGAAAAAUUUACUUCUCAUUAAUUUUUUUUAAAUUCUUCCUAAAUUAAAAAAAAAACAUUUCAAUUGUAAAAUUCUACUGUUUUUUUUUUUUCAAAACAAUCAAUGCAGUUUGGAUUUUAGUGAAUGAUCUUCUUCCCGAUACCGACGCAGGUAUCGGUAAAAACGGAUUGGUGGUCGGUGGGUGCUACAGGCAUCGCGUCUAUUUCGAUUGUCCGUUAGUUGAACGACGCGCGUCGGCCGCAUAGGGUCGGCUUCCUUUGAUUCCGGAGAAACUUAGAUGUGAAAAAAUAAAUACAAUUGCUUUGGAAUUCUUUUACUUGCAACAUGACGGAGAAGACGAAGAGAGAUUAUGGACCACUGGACGCUAUCCAGGAAGCCAUGGGAGUCAUGGGACCUUGGCAGAUUGUCAUCACCAUUGCCUUGUCUUUAGUGAAUUUUCCAGUGGCAUGGCAUCAACUGUCAAUUGUCUUUCUGGCACCACCCGCUAAUUUUACUUGUGUUGAUCCACCACCACUUAAUAACGAAACUAUAUUCACGACGAAGAACGAACAGUGUUUCGUUAAUUCGACAGGAUCUAAUGACACUGCCAUAGGAUCACUAGUGAAAUGCAAGAAGUUCGAAUAUGAUAGGAGUAUAUUCGAAAGUACAAUCAUUACUGAGUGGGAUUUAAUCUGCGACCGUCAACAACUUGCCAACAUAGCCCAGUCAUGCACAAUGUUGGGUAUUCUCGUCGGCAACAUGGUAUUCAGCAUGAUGGCAGAUAGAGUUGGUAGAAAGAUUCCUCUGAUGAUUGCUGUGGUGGUGCAAUCGGCGACAGGUCUAUUGAGCAGUUUGUCCCCCUGGUUUGAAUUAUUCUUGUUGUGCAAGUUCAUUGCUGCUGUUGCAACAGGCGGAACCAUGUUGAUCAGUUUCGUCCUACUCAUGGAAGUCGUUGGUAUCGAAUGGCGAUCGACAUUGUCCGUCCUAUUCCAUAUUCCAUUCCUUCUCGGCCACUUGUUGAUUCCGUUGAUCGCCUAUUAUACCCGAGCAUGGAGGAUAUUCUUGGUUGCUGUCUCAAUACCACCAAUUCUGCUACUUUCUUAUUACUGGCUUGUACCAGAGUCCCCGCGUUGGCUCCUGGCAGUGGGAAAACUAAAGAGAGCCCGAAAAGUGCUGAAAGCAGCUGCUAAGAGAAAUUCAAUCCCCGAGGACAAGGUAACCGCUGCUAUUGAAUCUCACUCGAACCAGUGUGGAAAAGAAGUUGAGACCGAUUCAGAUUCAUCUAAAACGUACAACCUACUCGACUUAUUCCGUACACGCAAUAUGCGUAUCAGGAGUAUCUGCAUAGCUGUUAACUGGUUCGUCUGCGGUAUCUGCUUCUUCGGUCUGGCUCAGUACGUGGGCCAAUUGGAUGGAGAUAUAUUUGCGAAUGUUGCAAUAUCAGCUGCUUGUGAACUACCAGGCAUUCUCAUCGUUCUCUUUCUCAUAUCGAGAGUGUCUCGAUUGAAGAUUCUCAUCGGUGGUAAUGUAACAACUGGCGUCAGUUUACUUAUACUGAUGUUCGUUUCCAACAGAACGGCACAAGUGGUUCUUGCUACGAUUGGACUGAGUGCUAUGUCCAUUAGUUUCCCCACUAUUUAUCUUUAUACCGGAGAAUUGUUCCCAACAGUUGUCAGGAAUAUUGGCUUCGGAUUGUGCAGUGUCUCGGCUAGAGUUGGCAGUAUAAUUGCGCCUUUUAUCGCAACCAUGGGAUAUUACGGGCCAUCUAUUCCCCCCCUAUUCUUCGGAAUUGGUCCCUUAAUUGGCGCAGGCCUUUGUUUCUUAUUACCCGAAACAAUGGAUUGCAAACUUCCAGAGACAAUUGAAGAAGCCGAGAAUUUCAGAAAAGGAAAGACGGAAAUUGCACUUGAGGAGUGAAUUAAAGACUUCAACAGUCUAUACCCACAAAAUAAGAGACUUAAUUGGAGUUUGACGGCAGUAUUCUCAUCAUCUACCUACAAACAAUUCACCCACAUCAAUUCUCAUAUUCAUAAGCGUUAGUUCUCCGUAAAUAGUAUCUUGACAUUUAAAUCCGUAUUUUCAUUGAGUACAUCAUGAACAGCCAUUGCUCAAUGAGAACGCAGGGCACCCAAUAUUUUUUGUAUCAUAACUCAGAACGACUGUAAUCGAAAGAAUGGUACUUCCAAUACUCAUAAUCGUUACAGUUGCCGCAGUAUUUAAUCACCCAUUGCGUAUCUAUUCCACAUCACAUUUCUGCAGAAGACAGUACGUAUCUCAUAUUUUGCAUUCAAUGUUCAUUUUCAACAAUAAAGAAAUUGAAAUGCAAUAUGGUGUUUUCGCGUACAAUAAUUAUUAUCUGUGGAAUUCCUUUAUCGACUCGGCCAUUUCAUUACUGAAUCAAUGAAGUAGUUCCGUAAAAGAGAAAUAUGAAUUGGAGGCGAAAACACAAUUCUAAAAAUUCAUAGAAACCGAGAUUUAAUUUCACCGUAAGAGCCCUCUGCUCCGGAAUGCGGCACACGUUCUUAAAAACAUAUGAACAUAUUUUAGUAUAUAUUACGUAGGCAAUAGUUAUCCAUAAAGUUUAUCAUUUUACGGUCAGUUUAUAAAACAUCGAUAAAGUAAAUUCAAGACUUGGACGCUGGGCAGUCUCAAAAUAAUCAUUUCAAGUAGAGUUUCGCAGCGAUGAUUCUGCAAUAAUAGUUUAAGGAUGGAAUAAAUCGAGUUCAAUUGUGCUCAGUAUGGAGUAAAAAUAAAAAUUUAACUGAAGACAUAGAAAAUCUUCCAAAAGUAAUAGCUCACCGGAAAAAUAUCUAAUCAUUCUAAAAAUUUUACGAGAGCUCGGACUUAAAUACUUCUCAGAUCAAAAUCGCGAAGACAAGCGGAAACGUGAGAUUUUUUUUUCAUUUCGCAUUUGACAUUGACUUGCUUUCUCUACUAAACAUCACAUCUAAUAUCUAUGAACCUCAUUUCUCUCUAGAUUUCAAAACAUCUAAUGGUAUUUUAAUGUUUCGUAUCAUUGAGUAAAUCAUAAGCAAUCACUACUCAAUGACAACAAAGGGUGCCCCAUAUUUUUUGUAUCAACACACAUAAAAAAAUAUUGUAAGUGAGAAAAUGGUGCUUGUAAUGCGAAUAAUAUGAACUUCAGCUGAAUCAAA